AUGCUAGGUAGUAAAUUAUUUGAAGAUAGAACAAAGGUUCUAGGUAUAUCAUGGGACACUUUGAAUGACACUUUUGAGUUUGACCUAAGUAAAGUAACUGAAGUGAUGGAAGGUGAGAAAAUCACAAAGAGAAAGAUAUUGAGUUGUUUAGCCAAACUUUUUGAUCCACUAGGACUUAUUAGUGCAGUCACAGUAAGUAUAAAGGUUCUAUUUCAAGAUUUAUGUGUGGAAAAAUAUGAUUGGGAUGAGGAGCUACCAGAAGACAAGAAAUGUAGGUGGGAGAAAAUUGUUAAUGAUUUGAAAACUGUUGGAAAAAUAACUUUACCACGUUGCUUGUAUGACUUGGAUGCUAUGAAUGUCAAAAAUUGUUGGCUACAUGGAUUUGCAGAUGCAAGUCAGCAUGCAUAUAGUGCCAUGGUUUAUUUGGUCUAUGAAUCAGACAAGGGUAUACACUCUCAACUCAUCUGUGCAAAAACUCGUGUUGCACCAUUGAAAAAACUAAGCAUUCCACGUUUAGAAUUAAUGUCAGCCAGAAUUUUGGCCACUCUAAUGAAAGUUGUUUUUUCAGCCUUGAAGUCACAAUUAAACAAAGUAGGAUGUAGGUAUUGGCUUGACAGCAAGACUGCUCUUUAUUGGAUAAACAAUGCAGGUUACUGGAAGCAGUUUGUACAACACAGAGUCGACGAAAUAUUGAAAGUGUCAGAGAAAGAGAACUGGGGACAUUGCCCUGGUGCUUGCAAUCCAGCGGACUUGGGUUCAAGAGGGGUUCAAGGGAGUGCAUUGGUUGAAAAUAGACUUUGGUGGCAUGGACCACAUUGGUUAUUGAUGGGGGCAGAACACUGGCCCAAUGAACUGCUGUUAAGUGAAACCCAAGAUGUAGUAGAGGAACAAAAGAAAUCAGCAAUGGUUCUAACAGCUGUGGAACAAAAGAAAACAGGUAUGUCAGCAAUUAUUGACAUCAGCAGGUUUAGCUCUCUAGGUCGCCUUUUAAAAGUAACUGCUUAUGUAUUGCGUUUUGUUGCCAACUUAAAAGCAAAAGUUCAUAAUCAGCUUCCUGCGAAUUUAGAAAAACUCAGUGCUUCAGAAAUUCAGAGUGCAGAACAAAAUUGGAUAAUUGAUGCACAAGCACUUAUUCCCAAGGAUCACAGAUACAAACAGUUAUGUACCAAUCUAGGAUUGAUCAAGCAAAAUAAUGUUUUGAGGUGUAAGGGAAGGCUAGGAAACUCAGAUUUGGAGUUUGAAGGGAAAUUUCCUAUUCUUUUACCAAAAGAAAGUAAGAUCACGGAGUUAAUUGUUCGUUCUUGUCAUGAAAUUGUUAUGCAUAAUGGUCUGAAGUCGACAUUAGCAGAGAUUCGUUGCAAAUAUUGGAUUCCACAAGGAAGGCAGACGGUUAAGAAAAUUUUAAGGAAUUGCAUUACCUGUAGAAAAGCUCAAAGUAAAUCUUAUUCCGUUCCACCAGUAGCAGAUUUGCCAGACUUUAGGGUCCAGAGGACGCCUCCUUUUCAGAAUGUUGGGAUAGAUUUUGCUGGUCCGUUAUACCAUAAGACAAAAUCUUUGACUAUGGAAAAGUGCUAUGUUGUAUUGUAUGUUUGCUGUACUUCAAGGGCAUUGCACUUAGAUUUGAUAGACGAUUUGUCAGGGCCAACAUUCAUUCGUAGUUUGCGAAGAUUUACUGCGCGUAGAGGAACACCACAUUUGAUAAACUCAGAUAAUGCUAAGACAUUCAAGUUUACACAUAAAUUCUUGCUUAAACUCGCACAAGAUCAUGCAGUUUUUUCUUUUUUACAAGCCAGAAGGAUAGAUUGGAGAUUUAACCUUGAAAGGUCACCUUGGUGGGGAGGCCAUUUUGAAAGAUUAGUGGGUAGCGUUAAGAGAAGUUUAAGAAAGACUCUAGGGAAUUCCAGGUUAUCUUUUGAUGAGUUAAAUACAUUGUUGAUAGAAAUUGAAUGGUCACUUAAUUCCAGACCAUUAACGUAUGUAUAUGAUGAGUUAGGCUUUGAAGCAUUGACACCAUUCCAUUUAAUGUACGGUAGAAGGUUACCACAACUGGCUGAAGGGGUUGAGUGUAAAACAGAUUUAUUUGACGAUGACAUUCCUUCCUACAGCAAACGUUUCUUAUUUCUCGUUAAAAGAUUAGAUCAUUUUUGGUCUCGAUGGAGACGGGAAUAUCUUGCAGAUUUACGAGAAGUACACAGAUCGAGUCAGGGAAAUAACGCUGAGACGAAAAUUGGAGAUAUCGUACUGAUCAAAGAGGACAAUGUAAAACGAGGUAAUUGGAAGAUGGGAUUGGUUAAAGAACUGAUUUCCGGAAAAGACGGAGUGGUAAGAGGUGCUAAGUUACGUAUUGGAGGCAAGGGUAAGCCAGAGUUUUUGAAUAGACCAUUGCAGAAGUUGUAUCCAUUUGAAGUUAGAUGUGCAGAUGUAGGUAGUCGUAGACAAGAAACAGAUCGCGAAAAGAGAGAGGAGGACGGGGGUGAAUACUUACCACCUUCUAGGGCUAGGCGAGCAGCAGCCAAGGACGCAGAAUGGAAAACAAGGUUCAUGCUUGACUCAGAGUGA